GCGUCGACCGAACGAACGACGCUAGAAAAGACGCGCGCGCGCAAACGAGACGCGCAGGCGACAACAACAAAAACGAAAGACGAAAAACGCAGCGAAUUCGAAUGAAAAACAAAACAAAAAAACAAAAAAAUCAAAACAAAAAGAAAAAAAUAUCAAACAAUACGAAAACCGAAGACAGCCGAUACGAGUGCACACACAAAAAAUUGACAAAUAAACGCGAACUGUUAACCGUUAAACGUUAACGGUAAAACGCAAGCGUCGUCCUGCAGCAGCAGCAGCCGCCGCAGCAGCAGAAUAACGAAGCUUUUUUAACGAACGCGUAUUUUCAAUUGUUCUAAACUUAACAAGAAAUUGAAUAAUAAUUAAUUAAAUCAACGAAAUGAUCAACAAACAAACGAAUGUUGCCGCCACGGCCUGGGCCACGGCCACGGGCACGGUGCAGACGCUGGACAGGCCAGCGGGGGCAGCGGCAGCGGGGGCGGCAGCGGGGGCAGCGGAGGCAGCCAGCAGCACAGCUUGCAACGGCAGCAGCAACGGCAGCAACGGGAGUUGCGACUGCAACGUUAGCGGCGCCACACAUCAUUAUCAUAGAAGAUUGCAACAGCUGCUGCUCGUCGCGCUGCUCCUCUGCCUCUCCAGCCUGAGCAGCUGCUGGCCCCAAGCGGUCCAGGCGCGCCGCCAUGCGCCGCUCAUGUUCGAGGAGGCCGACACGGCCAGGCGCUCCAAUAGACCGGCAGUUACCGAAUGUCAAUUUGGCAAAGUUCUGCGCGAAUUGGGCUCUACUUGGUACGCGGAUCUGGGACCGCCAUUUGGCGUCAUGUACUGCAUCAAAUGUGAAUGUGUGGCGAUACCCAAAAAGCGUCGCAUUGUUGCACGCGUUCAGUGUCGCAAUAUCAAGAACGAAUGCCCGCCAGCCAAAUGCGAUGAUCCCAUCUCAUUGCCCGGCAAAUGCUGCAAGACCUGUCCCGGCGAUCGUAACGAUACGGAUGUGGCUUUGGAUGUGCCCGUGCCCAGCGAGGAAGAGGAGCGCAACAUGAAACAUUACGCAGCUCUGCUAACGGGCCGGACAUCGUACUUUUUGAAGGGCGAGGAGAUGAAGUCCAUGUACACGACGUACAAUCCACAGAACGUGGUCGCAACGGCCCGCUUUCUGUUCCACAAGAAGAAUCUGUACUAUUCGUUCUACACGUCGUCGCGGAUUGGGCGGCCGCGGGCGAUCCAGUUCGUGGACGACGCGGGCGUCAUUCUGGAGGAGCACCAGCUGGAGACGACGCUCAGCGGCACGUUGAGCGUCUAUCAGAAUGCGACGGGCAAGAUUUGCGGCGUAUGGCGGCGCGUGCCACGUGAUUACAAGCGCAUCCUGCGCGACGAUCGGCUGCAUGUCGUCCUGCUGUGGGGCAACAAGCACCAGGCCGAGCUGGCCCUGGCCGGCAAGAUAGCCAAGUAUACGGCUCUGCAGACGGAACUGUUUAGCUCGCUGCUGGAGCCGCCGACAAUGGGCGGCGGCAAGCCGGAUCCACAGCUGGCGGGAGCCGGCGGCACGGCAAUUGUGUCCACCAGCAGCGGCGCGGCCAGCUCCAUGCACCUGACCCUGGUCUUCAACGGCAUCUUUGGCGGCGAGGAGUACGCGGACGCGGCGCUCAGUGUCCGCAUCGAGCUGCCCGAGCGCAAGGAGCUGAUCUUCGACGAGAUGGCGCGCGUGCGCAAACCCUCAGCGGAGAUCAAUGUACUCGAGCUAUCGUCGCCCAUUUCGAUACAGAAUCUGCGUCUGAUGUCGCGCGGCAAGCUCCUGCUGACCGUCGAGUCGAAGAAGUAUCCGCAGCUGCGCAUCCAGGGCCACAUCGUGACCCGGGCCAGCUGCGAAAUCUUCCAGACCCUGCUCGCCCCCCCGCACGGCAACGAGCCGAGCACCCGCACCCGCACCCGCAGCAGCAGCAGCAGCAGCGGCCUGGCCUGGGUCUACCUCAACACGGACGGCUCGCUGGCCUACAAUAUCGAGACGGAUCACGUGAACACCCGGGAUCGGCCGAACAUCAGCCUGAUCGAGGAGCAGGGCAAGCGCAAGGCCAAGCUGGAGGAUCUGACGCCCAGCUUCAAUUUCAAUCAGGCGAUCGGCAGCGUCGAGAAACUUGGACCCAAGGUCCUCGAAUCGCUCUAUGCCGGCGAGCUGGGCGUCAAUGUGGCCACCGAGCACGAGGCCAGCUUGAUACGCGGCCGCCUGGUGCCACGCCCCGUGGCGGAUGCACGCGACUCCGCGGAACCGAUACUGCUGAAGCCGCACGGUGAACACGCCGGCAUGGGCAUGGCCUGGAUGUCGAUCGACAACGAAUGCAAUCUCCACUACGAGCUGACGCUGAGCGGCAUGCCCAACCCCAACGGCAACGGCGGCGGCGGCCAGGAUCUGCAGCUGUAUCUGGAGGAGAAGCCGAUCGAGGCAAUCGGCGCGCCAGUCACACGAAAGCUGCUCGAGGAGUUCAACGGCGGCUACAUGGAGGGCUUUGUCCUGGGCAUGCCCUCCGCGGAGCUGAUCAAGCUGGAGACGAGCGUCUGCUACCUGGAGCUGCACGCCAAGCACAGCCACCAGCUGCUGCUGCGCGGCAAGCUCAAGUCGACCAAGGUGCCCGCCCACUGUUUCCCCAUCUAUACGGAUAACAAUGUGCCCGUGCCGGGCGAUCAUAACGACAACCAGAUGCUGACCGCCGAGAGCAAGUGCUUCCAUUCGGGACGCUUCUACAACGAGUCCGAGCAGUGGCGCAGCGCCCAGGACACCUGCCACAUGUGCGCCUGCCAGCGCGGCCAGGCCAACUGCGAGCUGAUCAAGUGUCCGGCUCUCAAGUGCAAAUCCGGCAGCGAGCAGCUGCUUCAGCGCGACGGCGAAUGCUGCCCCAGCUGUGUGGCCAAACGCGACGACUGGCAUCCGACGGGCACAACUACCAGCUCCAGCUCCAGCUCCAGCUUCUCCAGCUCCUCCGCCUCCUCGACGCCCGCGCUCAAUGCCAGCGAUCUGCUGCUGCAGCAGCAGCAGCGGCGGGGCUGCCGCUUGGGCGAACAGUUUCAUGCGGCCGGCGCCAGCUGGCAUCCGUUUCUGCCGCCCAACGGCUUCGACACCUGCACCACCUGCAGCUGCGAUGCGGUCACGCUGGAGGUGCGCUGCCCGCGCAUGGUCUGCCCGCCGUUGCGGUGCAGCGAGAAGCUCGCCUAUCGCCCGGACAAGAAGGCCUGCUGCAAGGUCUGCCCCGAGGGCAAGCAGAGCAAUCACGGCCAGAGCGGCAAGCACACGCCCAGCAAUCCCAAUGUCCUGCUCGACCAGGCCGUCCAGCGCACCGCCGCCCACAAUGCCGAGGAGGUGCUCGCCGCCGGCGGUUGCAAGGUCGUCAACAAGAUCUACGAAAACGGACAGGAAUGGCAUCCCAUACUCAUGUCGCAUGGCGAACAAAAGUGCAUCAAAUGCCGCUGCAAGGACUCGAAGGUCAACUGCGAUCGGAAGCGCUGCUCACGCUCCACGUGCCAGCAGCAGCAGCAGCAGCAGCAGACGCGCGUCUCCGGCAAGCGUCGCCUCUUCGACAAGCCAACGGCUGGCAGCGACCUUGGGGGCGUGGCCGGCGCUGCUGCGGCGCCCAUCGACGAGUGCUGCUCGACGCAAUGCCGACGCUCGCGACGUCAUCACAAGCGUCAGCCGCAUCAUCAGCAGCGCGCGGCCAGCAGCUGAGCAGCUGAGCAGCGCAGUCGACAUCGAAGGCGACGUCAGCAGCAGCAGCAACAGCAACAACAGCAGCAGCAACAACAACAGCACAGUUUGUGCGCUCUCUUUCGAGUGAGAGAGCCAGAGAGCGAGCGAGAGCCAUGUAAACUUGUAUUAUAGAACAAACGGGAAGGAAAGAGAAAGAAAACAAACACACACACACACACAAAAGCAUACACAGAGAGCCAGCGUUAGACGAAAGGAAGCAAGGAAGAAAGUAAGAGAUAGACAGAGAGAGAGUGAGAGAGAGAGCAUAUAAUAUUAUAUAUAUAUACAUGCAUAUAUAUAUACAUAUACACACACACAAACACACACACACAUAUAUAUAUAUAUGUGUACAUAGAAUGUGAAUAACCAGUGCAGUUGCUUUAAAUUCUCCACUUUAGAAUUUAGCUCGAAAGCAUUUUCAGAAUUUCUUUGAAAUUUUUAAAAUUGAUAUGAAAAACUGUGCUGUGUAACGUUCGUUAAAAAAGAAAACAUUUAAAAAAAAAACAAAAAAAUAAAAAUAAAAUGGCAACAAGAAGCAGAGCAGCCCACAAUUCAACCAAAACUCACUUCAUUUCAAUUAAUUUAAAUUCACAUUUAAAUUGCAAUUUGAAAGCGAACCAGAAAUAACAGCAAAUACACUGAGCGAAAUAAUGCUACGAUUUACAUACAUAUAUUAUGCACACACACACAUAUAUAUAUACAUAUAUACACUAUAUUCAUAUAUAUUUAUAUAUAUCUAUAUAUAUAUAUAUGUUUAUUAUCAUAUUUUUUUUGGAGAAAUAUUUUAUGAGAAACAAAACGCAGUGGGAAACGCUUUUGGCGCGAUUUUAGUUGCUAUCGAUAAUAGUUUAUAUGUACAUGUUAUCGAUGUGUUAUCGAUAUCUUUUGCCGCGCCCAAAUGCGCAGCGGCGGCCAACCAAAAGUUUCGACUGAUUGACUGAAUGGCAAAAAAAUAUAUAAAAAUAUAUAUAUAAAAAUAACAAAUAUUUAGCAUAUAAGCAAUAAAAUUUUUUUUUUUUUUUUCGUGGAAACAUAAAUUGAAAAUUGAAGCUUUUCAAUGUGAAAUUAUUUUGUACUAAUUGUUACUUACUCACACACACAUACGCACACACACACACACACACACACACACACACAUAUUGCAGAGCGUAUUAAAAAAGAAUUUAAAAAAUAUAUAAAUAUUUUAUAUAUAAUUUUAAUGCGUUGAAAAAUUUUUAAAAAAUCAUUACAAAAAUGAUGUACAAAAUUUGAAGAAAGGAAACAAGAAAAGAAAAUGCCAUGUAUACAUAUUUAUACACAUACACACACACACACACACACACACACACACAAAGCUCACACACACAAGAAACAACAAGAAAGAGAAAAUGAAAGGAAAAUGAAAUUGUAUUAAUUUUUAUUAAAUUUUAUUCUAUUAAAUUAUUCUUAUUAUUAUAAA